CCGCCCCCUUUCGCGCCGCCAGCGACAAUUAGCCCCCGUUGUCACCGGUCGCCCCCGGUCGACCCCGGCUACCCCGGCUGCCCCAGCCGCCUUGCGUCUGCUGGUGCGUCCCUAGCGCCUCCGCGACAUCAUGUUGGGCAUGAUCAGGAACUCGCUGUUCGGGAGCGUAGAGACGUGGCCUUGGCAGAUCCUGAGCAAAGGGGGCAAGGAAGAAGUGUCCUAUGAGGAGAGGAGCUGUGAAGGCGGGAAGUUUGCCACAGUGGAAGUGACAGAUAAGCCUGUGGAUGAGGCUCUGCGAGAAGCAAUGCCCAAAGUCAUGAAGUAUGUGGGAGGCUCCAAUGAUAAGGGAAUUGGGAUGGGGAUGACAGUUCCUAUUUCCUUUGCCGUGUUCCCCGAUGAAGAUGGCGCCCUACAGAAGAAACUGAAAGUCUGGUUCCGGAUUCCAAACCAGUUUCAGAGCAACCCGCCAGUUCCCAGUGACGACAGUGUUAAGAUUGAAGAGAGGGAAAGCAUCACUGUCUAUUCCAUGCAGUUUGGGGGUUAUGCCAAGGAAGCCGACUACAUAGCUCAAGCCACCCAGCUGCGCACAGCCCUGGAGGGCACCGUCACCUACCGGAGUGACAUCUACUUCUGCACUGGGUAUGACCCUCCCAUGAAGCCCUACGGACGUCGCAAUGAGAUCUGGCUGGUGAAGAUAUGAGUUAUUCACUGAGCCAGCACUUCUGGGGUGUACACAACUGCAACUCCGGCUGCGCCAACUUUCCUUCAAAGCCAGUUACUGCCAGUUUUCUGAAAUCAGCAUGUUCUGUAAAACAAGGCUCUGUUUCUCAUGCUGGGAAAUAAUACAGCCAAGAUAGUCAGUACCCCUCUCAUUGAUCUGGAACAUUCUGUGGUAGACCAGAAAACCCCCAGAAGCAUUUUUCCCAGCUAUCUGGGCCUCGAAAAAUGGGUUUUUAAAAAUUAUUGAAUCUGUAACUUUUGUUCUUGAAGGAGAAAUGUGAUUUGUGUGUGAUCUUUCGUCUCUGAUUCUUAUAAGAGCUUUGUCUAAAAAGAACCCAAAAAUAAAGGUCUUUGACUGACACA